AUGUGGACAAAGUGUCAUCGCUUUAAUGGUCUGUUGACAGUUCUCCCUCGCUGGGAUAAGCCUCUGCUAUACCGUUAUUAUGGCAGGCAAACGGUAUCUUCUCUAUUUAUUCCUAUGAUGAGGACUUCCGAUCAAUCGGCUUCAGCCAGUGUUAGCCGCAAGACUAUUUUGGAAAAUGCUGGUUUAUUAAAACAAUCUAGGCCUGGUUUAUAUUACAUCCUUCCGGUAGCUCUUCGUGCAAUGUAUAAAUUAAUUAAAGUAGUUGACGAAGAAAUGACACGCAUUGGCGGUAGUAAACUUGGCACGCCUUGUUUAAUUCCUGCAGAUCUUUGGCAAUCAUCAGGUAGAUGGGACACCUUAGGUGCUGAAAUGUUUAAACUGAAGGACCGCCAUAAUCGUCAUUAUUGUCUAGGCCCUACCCAUGAAGAAUCUAUUAGUGAAUUAGUGGGUACGUAUUUAAAUUCCAAAAAUAUGAUGCCCUUAAGAUUAUAUCAGAUUGAUAGGAAAUUUCGGGAUGAAAUUCGCCCACGUUUGGGUUUAAGAAGGGCCAGGGAGUUCUGGAUGAAAGAUAUGUAUUCUUUCGAUAUCGAUAAAGAAGCAUCGCUAAAUAGCUACGAAAUUAUUUGCGAAGCAUAUGUUAGAAUCUUCAAUAGACUAGGAUUAAAUGUUGUUAAAGUUGUAGCAGAUAGUGGAGCAAUGGGUGGUGAUACUUCACAUGAAUUUCACUUAAUUGCUGAUGACGGCGAAGAUGAAAUACUUAUAUGUGAUCAAUGUCAUAAAGCGAUGAAUAUGGAAACUCUGAAGUCAGGCGAUGUCAUGGCAGAAUGUAAUUUAUGCGAGGGAAAACAGAACAAGAAUAUUCAGAAAUAUCGUGGUGUAGAGAUUGGCCAUGCCUUUUAUUUGGGCACAAAGUACAGCAAAGCUGCAUCUGUUACUUAUACUGAUGAAAAUAACUGUAAAGUAUACGUUGAAAUGGGCAGUUAUGGGAUUGGGGUAACCAGAUUAUUAGAUGCGGCCCUAGAGGUACAAUCAACAUGCAACAAAAUCCGUUGGCCAUCGGUCAUUACACCUUAUAAUAUAUGUAUUGUACCCUUAGGAAGUCCUAAGGAUAAUUCAUCCCAGCAGCUACUUCAGUUAGCGCAACAACUGUAUGAUAAACUUGCGGUGGGUAAAUUACAAAAUGAAGUCGUUAUCGACGAUAGAAUCUAUUUAUCGAAAACUGUUGGUCCAGGAACUCGUUUGAGACAAGCGACUCUGUUGGGAUAUCCUUAUUUAAUAAUACUUGGUAAACAGGCAUUACAAAAACAAGGCUAUAUCGAAUUGGAAGAUCAAUUAAAUGGAAGUAAACAAAAUAUUCAUAUUGAUAAUAUCGUAGAUCAUAUUCAACAAGUCUACGAAAAAAGAGAUAUUUGUACACUAUAA